AUGGAUUUUUUACGUCUUUGGCAGCUAUUAUUAUCUGCAACUCGAGAUCCUUACUGUGGGGAUUUGAUCUGCCUUUUCGACGGGUUAGACGAAUGCCGACAGUCAGACCGCGAUCAACUUAUUCAAGAGCUUGAACGGCUCUAUACGACUUUUGGAGCGAGACAAAGGACCAAAUCCAAGAUAAAGAUUUUCGUUACGAGUCGUCCAUACGGCGAUAUCGAAUGGGGAUUUGGUAGGCUAACGAGUCGGUAUCCGACUAUUCGACUGGCUGCAGAUGAUGAAUGGAAGACAAUCAGCGAGGAGAUAAUUGUUGUUAUGGAGGCAAAAGUUGACGAAAUUGCGGAAAAGAGACGCCUUAGCAAUGAGAUUCGGAGAGCUUUGAAACGCCGCUUUACUGAGAUCUCUAAUAGGACCUACCUCUGGCUACAUCUGACAUUAGAUGCGCUGAAGCACAGUCUUGGUCUUACGCAAAAAAAGUUACUCCGGCGGAUUGAUGAACUUCCUGAAAGUGUCGAGCAAGCAUAUGAAGCGAUCCUAGAGAGAUGCAACAGAAGAAACUGGCAAGACACGACGCGUUUAUUAAACAUCAUCGUUGCCUCACAGUGGCCUUUGAGCUUGUCUGAGAUUGAUGUUGCCUUGGAAGUAGGACCAAACUCGAGAUCGCUCGGAAAUUUAGACCUCGAGGGUCCUUCUAAGCGAAAACAAUGGAUACGUGAUGCGUGUGGAUUAUUUGUUAGCAUAAUCGACUCACAUGUGUACCUCAUCCACCAGACGGCAAGGGAAUUUCUACUACGACAUACGAAUGAACGAGCCGUAUUAGGAAGAUGGAGACACUCGAUCAAUUUGCAAGAUGCUCAUUUAACCCUUUCAAAGGUCUGCAUUGCCUAUCUCAUUCUGGCGGGGUUUCAGAUGGAAAAUCGUCAGGUUCUUGAAGAAUAUUGCCCAGCGAAGGCAUUUUUAAGAUAUUCCGCCCAAAAUUGGAUUUACCACACGCAGGAGGCCAACAUAACAGAAGAGAAUUGGAUCAGAAAGGCAGCGGAACUAUGCGCAGCGGGCGAUAGGUUUUCCCUGUUCUGGGUUGGAUGUAAUGCAUAUGAUACGUUUUGGGAGCCGGGAAUACAUCGACGGUCAACAUCCCUAAUUUGGGCUACAAGGUGGGGCCUAAUUCCGGUCAUACAACAUCUGCUUGAACAAACAACGGCGGAAGUUGAAAUCACCGAGGCCGUGAUCAAGACUGCCGCAGGAAAUACGCAAAGUGGAGACGCUGUGAUGAAACUUCUCCUGGACCGAGGAGGGACAGAAAUCAAAAUCACUAAUGCCGUAGUCAAGGCGGCCGCGGAAAAUACUCAAAGAGGUGACGUUGUGAUGAAUCUCCUCCUAGACCGAAGGGGAGAGGAUAUCAACAUUACUCAGGAAGUGGUCGCCGCCACAGCAACGAAUUGGAACAAAGGAGAGGCUGUGAUGAGGAUUCUCCUUGAGCGAAAAGGAGCGGAUAUUAAGAUCACUGAGUUUGUGUUAACCACAGUGGUCAGAAACUGGAGAAGAGGAGGAGAAGCUGUGAUUAAACUUCUGCUAGACCAAAGGGAAGUAGACGUUGAGAUCAGCAAGGCUGUGAUCGCUACAGCGGCGGGAGAUUGGGGAGAAGGAGAAGCUAUGAUGAAACUCCUGCUGGACCGUGGGAAAGUGGACGUUGAGGUCACCAAGGCUGUGAUCGCUACAGCGGCGGCAAAUUAG